AUGGCUCCUAAAUCCAGUUCAUCCAGUUCAAAAAGAAAAUCGUCCGCAACCUCAAAUAGUGCUGAUCCAAAAGUAGCAAAGUUUAAAUUGCCUGUUGAAUUUGUUACCAGACCACACCCCCCAAAAGAUCAUGGCAAGGAAACAUGUACAGCAUAUAUCCAUCCUAACGUAUUAUCCUCGCUAGAGAUAAAUCCGGGAUCAUUCUGUACCGUCGGUAAAGUCGGAGAAAAUGGUGUCUUGGUAAUAGCUAGAGCGGGCGAUGAAGAAGUACAUCCUGUUAAUGUCAUUACCCUUUCCAAGACUAUACGAUCAGUUGGGAACCUUAUCCUUGGUGAUCGCCUGAACUUAAAGAGAGCCCAGAUACAACCGCCUUAUGCCACUAAAGUCACCAUAGGAUCUCUACAAGGAUGCGAUAUUUUGGAAUGCAUAGACGAAAAAGUAGUCCAAAAGCUAUUAAAUGAUAGUGGAAUUUUGAUGCCUGGAAUGAUUUUUCAAAACUUAAGAACAAACGCAGGUGAUGAAAGCAUUGAUAUUAUAAUUACAGAUGUGAGCGAUGAUUCGCUUCCUGACGUCGGCCAACUAGAUCUUAACUUGGACGAAGUGUACGGUGGACUAGAUAACCAGUUUUAUUUAUCUCCACCUUUCAUAUUCAGGAAAGGUUCCACGCAUAUCACCUUUUCCAAACAAACGCAGGCAAAUCGUAAAUACAAUCUUCCAGAGCCCAUAUCCUAUGCAGCAGUGGGUGGCUUAGGCAAGGAGAUUGAAUCAUUGAAAAGUGCUAUAGAAAUACCUCUUCAUCAACCAACACUAUUUAGCAGUUUUGGCGUUUCUCCUCCUCGAGGUAUACUUCUCCACGGGCCCCCAGGUACCGGUAAAACUAUGCUUUUAAGGGUUGUUGCGAAUACAUCCAACGCACACGUCCUAACCAUUAACGGCCCCUCAAUCGUCUCCAAAUAUCUUGGUGAGACUGAAUCCGCAUUAAGAGACAUUUUUAACGAAGCCAGGAGGUACCAGCCUUCCAUCAUUUUCAUUGACGAAAUCGAUUCAAUAGCACCAAAUAGAGCAAACGAUGACUCCGGCGAAGUCGAGAGUAGAGUCGUGGCAACAUUGUUGACCCUAAUGGAUGGCAUGAGCGCUGCAGGUAGGGUGGUUAUAAUUGCUGCUACAAACAGGCCAAACUCUGUCGAUCCAGCUCUCAGAAGACCUGGUAGGUUUGACCAAGAAGUAGAAAUUGGUAUACCAGAUGUGGAUGCCCGAUUUGACAUUUUAACUAAGCAAUUCUCAAGAAUGUCUUCGGAUCGUCAUGUGUUAGAUUCCGAAGCAAUUAAGUACAUUGCCUCUAAAACACAUGGUUAUGUUGGUGCUGAUUUAACUGCUCUUUGUAGAGAAUCAGUUAUGAAAACAAUUCAACGAGGGCUGGGAACAAAUGCAAAUGUCGACAAAUUUUCCCUGAAAGUUACAUUGAAAGACGUGGAUAGUGCCAUGGUGGAGAUCAGACCCAGCGCAAUGAGAGAAAUCUUCUUAGAAAUGCCGAAAGUAUAUUGGUCUGAUAUUGGUGGCCAAGAAGAGCUUAAAACGAAGAUGAAAGAAAUGAUACAAUUGCCUUUGGAAGCCUCGGAAACUUUUGCCAGGCUGGGAAUUUCUGCGCCAAAGGGUGUUUUACUUUACGGGCCACCAGGAUGUUCCAAGACAUUAACCGCAAAAGCUCUCGCUACAGAAUCCGGUAUCAACUUCCUAGCCGUAAAAGGACCUGAAAUUUUCAACAAGUAUGUGGGUGAGUCCGAAAGAGCUAUAAGAGAAAUUUUCCGAAAAGCACGUUCUGCAGCGCCAAGUAUUAUCUUCUUUGAUGAAAUCGAUGCCUUGUCUCCUGAUAGGGAUGGGAGUUCUACUUCCGCAGCCAAUCACGUACUGACAUCUUUACUCAAUGAGAUUGAUGGUGUUGAGGAAUUAAAGGGUGUAGUUAUCGUAGCAGCGACGAAUAGACCUGAUGAAAUAGAUGCCGCUCUUCUAAGACCUGGUAGGUUAGAUAGACAUAUUUACGUUGGCCCUCCAGACAUAAACGCCCGCUUAGAGAUCUUAAAGAAAUGCACAAAGAAGUUUAAUACAGAAGAGUCUGGAGUUGAUCUUCAUGAACUGGCAGACCGCACGGAAGGCUAUUCCGGAGCUGAAGUUGUGCUGCUUUGCCAAGAAGCGGGACUGGCUGCCAUCAUGGAUGAUUUAGAUGUCACAAAGGUGGAAUUACGUCACUUUGAAAAGGCUUUUAAAGGAAUUGCCAGAGGCAUAACUCCAGAAAUGCUCUCGUAUUACGAAGAGUUUGCUCUUAGAAGUGGUUCAUCUUCGUAG